GCUAGAAUGUGAAAGUUUCUCUAGCGAUCUAGCUGACCUUGACGAUCGUUGAACUUGUAUUUUGUCGUCAUAGCAAAUCACAUUCAGUCACUGAUCACACUUUAGUUAGGAAGGAUUAGAUGUACGAUCAAACACUUUGAGAAAGAAAAACUAUUGAUUCUUCUGUUGUAAACUGCAUUGCUUUAGGCGUUAUUGUUCAACCGCCAUUCUGUCAACAAGGCCGAUCGAGAUGUUCUCACGAUCAUCAUCAUCAUCAUCGGCUUCAUUGCGAUGCGUGCAAUUGAUUGCAUUCAGUGUGUUGCUGUACUGUAGCGCAACAGAUCACCUCGCCCAAGCUCAGGAACUACAGCCCCAAAACAAGAUGGCCAGCAGUGAUAACAGUUAUCAGGUGGUGCAGCUUCCCGGUCCACGGACAAAGCUGGGCGAGGGGCCAGUUUGGGACAUCGACACCCAGAGCCUUUACUAUGUGGAUAUCAACACACCGGCCGUCCAUCGGUACGAUUACGCAGAAAAUCGUACCUACAGUGCAAAGCUUGAGGGAGCCAACUCCAUUUCCUUCAUCGUGCUUGUCGCGGGACAGCCGGAACAUUUCGUUGUAGGCGAGAACAACCGUGUGACCCUGAUCCGUUGGGACGGUCGAUCGGAGGAAGCACACCACGUCCGUGUACUGGCCGAUUUGGGCAACAGCCAGAGUCACGUUCGUUUCAACGACGGUAAGGUUGAUCCAUCCGGACGGCUGUACGCUGGAACGAUGCAGCUGGAAACCCUUGGGGAUCUGUUCGCUCAGAAGGAGGGACAGUUUUUCCGCUACACGAAUGGAACCAUGGUGGUGCAGAAGCAGAACAUUAGUAUCUCGAACGGUCUGACAUGGGAUGAGCCGGGCAAUCCGUCCCGAAUGUAUUACAUCGAUUCUGCCGCGCUGGACGUGAAGGCGUUUGAUGUGGAUGCGAACGGUGAUCUGAAGAAUGAGACUGUGUUUUACGAUUUGCGCAUCAACGGAGCUAAUCCGGGCUAUGUCCCCGACGGGAUGACGAGCGAUGCCGACGGGAACCUGUAUAUUGCCACCUGGGGUGGUUCGAAGGUUAUGAAGGUGGAUAAACGAACGCAGCAGCUUCUUCAGGAAAUUAAAAUUCCAGCAGAGCAGGUUACAUCUGUCGCGUUCGGAGGCCCUCAGCUGGAUGAGCUGUUCGUCACGACUUCUUCUAACGGCGGAAAGCCUGCACCGGCCGGGGAGCUGUUCAAAGUAACCGGACUGGGCGUUAAGGGAAAACCGAUGCACAAAAUGGUUCUGUAGAUCACCUUUGGAAUAAAAACGAUAACGCGCUUGUUUUGUAAUGUAGUA